AUGUCGACAAACUUCCGAGACCGUGCCAUCGCCGAGGUGCAAAAGGCCAUCGCGGCCGACCACAACAAGGAGUACCAAAAGGCCUUUGACCUGUACAUGUCAUCGAUGGAGCUCUGGGUAAAGGCCCUCAAGUGGGAGAAGAACAAGGCGCUCAAGGCCACCAUGCAGGAGAAGAUGGCGACGUACCUCGACCGCGCCGAGAAGCUGAAGCAGUUCCUGCAGGCCGAGGCCGACAACAACUCCAACGGCGGCAAGGGCCUGAUGGGAGCCAAUGGCACUAGCGCGGGCGGCAAAGCCAAGGGUGCGAAUGACGACGAUGAUAACAAGAAGCUGAGAAACGCGCUGUCCGGCGCAAUUCUGCAAGAGCGGCCGAAUGUGCGGUGGGAGGACAUUGCGGGUCUCGAGGCUGCCAAAGAAACGCUCAAGGAGGCUGUCGUGCUCCCCAUCAAAUUCCCCAGCCUCUUCCAGGGCAAGCGACAAGCAUGGAAGGGUAUCCUGCUAUACGGUCCGCCUGGUACUGGUAAGAGUUAUCUCGCCAAGGCUGUCGCGACCGAGGCAAACAGCACAUUUUUCAGUAUAAGCAGUUCGGACCUGGUCAGCAAGUGGAUGGGUGAAAGUGAAAGACUCGUCAAGUUGUUAUUCUCCAUGGCGAGAGAAAAUAAACCCUCAGUCAUCUUCAUUGACGAGAUCGACGCCCUCUGCGGCCCGCGUGGUGAGGGUGAGUCGGAAGCCUCGCGGCGUAUCAAGACGGAGAUUCUGGUACAGAUGGACGGUGUCGGCAACGACAGCAAGGGCAUUCUCGUCCUCGGCGCCACCAACAUCCCCUGGCAGCUCGACGCCGCCAUUCGCCGACGCUUCCAGCGGCGCGUGCACAUUGGCCUGCCCGACAUCAACGGGCGCGCACGCAUGUUCAGGCUCGCCAUCGGCGACACGGACACGGCGCUGCAGUCCAGCGACUACAACACCCUCGCUUCAAGGUCAGACGGGUUCUCCGGCAGCGACAUUGCCAACGUCGUCCAGCAUGCCCUGAUGCGGCCGGUCCGCAAGAUUUUGCAGGCUACACAUUUCAAAGCAGUCAUGAAGGACGGUAACCGCAUGCUGACGCCGUGCUCACCGGGUGACGCUGAAAAGAUUGAAAUGACCUACGACGAUGUCAAGUCGGAGGAGCUACUCGCCCCCGAUGUUGCUCUGCAAGACUUUCAGGUAGCCCUCGAUGACUCACACCCGACCGUGUCAAAGGAUGAUGUCGCGAAACAAAUCGACUGGACCAACGAGUUUGGCAGCGAAGGUGCUUAA